AUGAAUAACGGGAAUACACACAGAACUGAGUAUUCAGCUAACAAGGUGGUUUUGUCUCAUGUCUUUUCCCAGCUGAAUCUGCCUGGCCUGCUGACUAUGCCCCGGAGCCCCACCUCUAGUGAGGAUGAGAUGGCCCAGAGCUUUUCUGACUACACUGACGAUUCUGCAUCCGACAGCUCCCGCGAGGAGACCAUCUAUGAGACUAUAAGAGCCACCGCUGAGCCAGCGCCCAAUCUCAUGGACGACGUCCACACACACUCGCUGGUCAUCCGCGUCAUUAUCCCCGACCUUCAACAGACAAAAUGCAUGCGGUUCAACCCGGAUGCCACUGUGUGGGUGGCCAAGCAGAGAAUCCUGUGUACAUUGAGUCAGAGCCUGAAGGAUGUGCUAAAUUACGGCCUCUUCCAGCCAGCCAGCAAUGGGAGAGAUGGAAAGUUCCUGGAUGAAGAACGUAUCUUUCGGGAGUACCCUCAGUCAUUCAGCAAGGGGGUCCCCUCUUUAGAGUUCCGCUACAAAAGCAGAGUCUACAGGCAGCCUAAUGUGGAUGAGAAACAGAUUGCCAAACUUCACACAAAGGCUAAUUUGAGGAAGUUUAUGGACCUCAUCCAGCAUCACCAGGUGGACAAGGUGUCUAAGUUGUUAGAGAGAGGCUUGGAUCCAAACUACCAUGACUCUGAAACUGGGGAGUCCCCAUUGACAUUUGCUGCUCACCUCGACAACAUGGUGGAAUUGAUCAAGGUGUUGAAGAAUGGAGGGGCCCACUUAGACUUCAGAGCCAAAGAUGGUCUAACAGCGAUCCAUAAAGCUGCCAGGUCUAAGAACCAGGUUACGCUCAUGACUCUGCUGGAGUUGGGGGCGUCCCCGGACUACAAGGACAGUCGUGGUCUGACUCCGCUGUACCACAGUGUAGUGGUGGGGGGGGAUCCAGGCUGCUGUGAGCUCUUACUGCACCACCAUGCCGCCGUCUGCUGCCAGGAUGAGAACGGCUGGCAUGAAGUUCACCAGGCUUGCCGUCACGGCCAUGUGCAGCACCUGGAACAUUUGCUGUUCUAUGGAGCAGAUAUGAGUGCCCAGAAUGCAUCGGGAAACACUGCACUGCACAUCUGUGCCCUAUACAACCAGGAUAAUUGUGCCAGGGUGCUGCUUGUUCGCGGAGCUGACAAAGAAGUGAAGAACUACAACAGCCAAAGUCCUUUUCAGGUGGCCAUCAUUGCUGGCAACUUUGAGCUCGCCGAGCUCGUAAAGAACCAUAAAGAGACAGACGUAGUGCCUUUCCGUGAGGCUCCAGCCUACUCCAAACGCCGCCGGGGCCCACCCCCUGGCAACGGCACCGGCCCCUCCGCCUCCUCAUUGUCGGCGCCCCGGGUCCUCCUGCGUUCCAACAGUGACAACAACCUAACAGUCAGCCAGUACGAGUACCAGCAGCAGCAGCAGGCAGUGCCUCCUUCUGGGAACUGGGGCUCUCACCAACACCACCAACAACACCAACACCCUCAGUCCCUUCCCCAGCACAGUCACCCACAACCUGGCUCCUCGGCCUUACAUCGCAGCCUGUCACCCCAGCUGCUCCAACAGAUGCCCAGUGGCAGCCCCAAUGGCACGGUCGUGGUCCGGACCAUGGGGAGGGGGUUGCGGAGCAGGUCACCCUCCCUCAGCCGGCUGGGGGAGGAGGCCCGAAGACCCCAACCUUCACAGAACCAGAGCAGCCCGUCUGGACAUGGGGAGACAGUGGGCACCAGAAGGAAACUGUACAGUGCAGUUCCAGGAAGACACUUUGUGGUGAUACGUCCCUAUACCCCCAAGUCUGAGGGGGAGCUCAACCUCUAUAAGAAUGACAGGGUCAAAGUUCUGAGCGUUGGAGAGGGGGGUUUCUGGGAGGGCAGUGCCCGUGGCCAGGUGGGCUGGUUUCCAUCCGACUGUUUGGAGGAGAUCCCGGCCAAGGCCAGCGAGGACAGGAGCUACUCCAGAACAGACCGCACUGACAGACGCAAGCUCUUCAGACACUACACCGUGGGCUCCUACGACAGCUUUGACGCCUCCAGUGACUGCGUGGUGGAUGAGAAGACGGUGGUGCUGCAGAAAAAGGAGAAUGAGGGGUUCGGGUUCGUGCUGCGGGGGGCAAAAGCGGACACCCCCAUUGAGGAGUUCACACCCACCCCUGCCUUCCCUGCCCUCCAAUAUCUGGAGUCGGUGGAUGAGGGGGGAGUGGCCUGGCAGGCAGGGCUCAGGACAGGGGACUUCCUCAUCGAGGUGAAUCAGGAGAAUGUGGUGAAGGUGGGCCACAGGCAAGUAGUCAACAUGAUCCGCCAGGGGGGAAACCGGCUUCUCAUCAAAGUGGUGACGGUGAGCCGGAACCUAGACCCUGAGGACACCGCACGUAAAAAAGCCCCUCCACCACCAAAGAGAGCCCCCACCACAGCCUUGUCUAUGCGCUCCAAGUCGAUGACCUCUGAACUGGAAGAACUAGUGGAUAAAGCCACUCUAAGGAAAAAGAAAGGUGAAGCUCAGAAGAAGAGGAUUGUUUUCCAAGUCACCCUAAACAAAGUGGAUGAGGUGUCAGCUGCCCAGAAGAAUGCGGCAGUGGAUAUGAAGGUAGCCACCAUAAAACCACGUCCAUCCAGUCGCUGUCUGGCCUCGCCAAGCGAUGUGAAUUCAAUGUAUCACGAACGCCAGGGAGUAGCAGUGGUGCCCCCUACUGUGCCAGGAGCCUUCCUCGGGAUACCUGCCAAGGGCACCAUGAAAAAACAGAAGUCCAUAGGAACGACAGAGGAGGAUAAACAGGGAUUCCUCACACCACCUCUGCUCAAGUUCUCUCGCAGCCUCUCCAUGCCCGACACCUCGGAGGACAUUCCCCCUCCCCCAGCCAUCUCACCCCCAUCCCCACCAGCGUACAACUCAGCAGUAAGCCCUACUCCCCGGGGCUAUGGCACCACCCGGCCCGGCUUCACCCAGACCUUGGCAUCCAACGCAGUGACGACCAUCAGCCGGACUACAGACAUUGGCACAUUGAGGCGUGGUUAUUAUCGCCAGAGCUCUGAGCAAUUUGACACACGCAAUCGAGGGCGUACACCGGUGCCGGAGAACCCAUACUCUGAGGUGGGCAACAAGACGCUGUAUGUACCAGCCAAACCGGCCCGAAGGAAGGGCAUGCUGGUGAAACAGCCUAACGUUGAGGACAGCCCCGAGAAAACAUGUCACAUGCCAACAAGCCCCUCAGGCCCAGUUUCCAUGCCCACAACACCCACAGAGCAGACGUGUUCCUCCAUCCCCAUACCCACCAUCAUUGUCAAGGAGCCCUCCACCAGCAGUAGCGGGAAGAGCAGCCAGGGUAGCAGUAUGGAAAUUGAGCCCACCACACCCGAACACCCGCCUAUCACGCCUGUCCCCUCGGCAACUGGGGGCCUGCGUCCUGAGGAUCCUCUAGCUCUAAGCAACCCCUUCGCAGCAGCUAUUGCAGGAGCAGUGCGGGACAGGGAGAAGAGACUGGAAGCCAAAAAGAACUCUCCCGCCUUCCAGUCCAUAGACAUGGGGGAUGAUGACAUGACUAGCCCAACUCCUACUCCACGUCUUCGCCAAUCCAAAUCCAUUGACGAGGGCAUGUUCAGUAGUGAUGAGCGGAUUCGGAGGAUUAUGGCUCCCCCUCCUGCAUCUCAGCUUGACCAACAAGUUGGGAGUGGGAGCGGAAACAUGACAGAUUUUAAUAGCCCCGAGCCCACAAUGGUGCGGGAGCCCCUCAGUACCAGAACUGGCCAAUGUCCCCACCUGGACAGUCCUGUUAGUCUCCCAGCCACACCCCCUAAGACCCAUUACAGUGCCAAUGGGACCUACCUCCAUCCUGUCACUGGCAAGCCCUUGGAUCCUAACUCUCCACUGGCACUGGCUCUGGCAGCACGCGAUAGGGCAAUGAAGGAGCAGCAGAACCAUCCACAGAGCCAGUCACCAAAUCCACCACCAGAGGUUCAGCCAGUCCUCAAGCCUGAGCCUCAGCCUGUCCCUGUACAACCCAGCCACAAACCCGACCUAAACCAGCCACUAUUUAUUGACACAAAACUGCGUUCUGGGAUGGAAAGGGGUUUUCCUGCUAUCUCCACUGCAACCAUGGGGCGGCCGGGCCGGGGAGGCCUACGGCGACAGAUGACAGAGCAAAAGUAUGAGUCAGAUGGAGAUCGGGAGGAGAGGCAGCACCAGGCAGCUGAGGUGAGGAAGAGUAUGCCAGCAGACAUCUCAGACUCUUCACAGCCCAAGUCAGCAGGGCUCCUCAUGGUCCAUACCAGCAGAGACGCCAAACUUAACCCUCCCGAGGCGGAGGAUAGUAACAACCCAACUGAGCUCAAGGACCCCAAUCAGCCCAACCCUGCCCCCACCACCACACCUCUAUCCAAUCCCCAGUCAGCCUCGUCAUCACGGAGGCGGAGCAUUCCCACGGCAGAAUCCAUGGACGAACCCAUCAAGCUGCCGUUCCGCAUCCCUCCUCCCCCCCUCGCUUCAGUGGAUAUUGAUGAGGAAUUUGUCUUCUCAGAGCCCCUCCCUCCUCCGCUCGAGUUUGCCAACAGCAUCGACAUCCCUGAUGACCAGGCCUCUGCUAUCGCUGAGAUGCUCCAACAGCAAAGGCAGAAUGGGGGACCCCCCUACAACCCACAUGCACCACCCUCAGUCGCUGAGCAGCACAGACGACCAGUGGCAGCCAACUGCAUGCCCCCUGCCUACCCUCUUCCUCCCUCUGAUGUUGAGCCAGGGGUUGUUGACUCGGGCAUCGAGGAGGUGGACAGCCGCAGCAGUGGGGAUCCUCAGCACAUGGAGACCACCAGCACAGUAUCAAGCAUCUCUACACUCUCCUCAGAGGGAGGAUUUUGCGACAGUGCCCUCGAGAGCCUCUAUGCCACAGCAGAUGGCCAUGCUUUCCUAGUGGACCGGCCACCCGUGCCGCCUAAACCCAAAGUCAAGCCCAUCAUCAACAGGACCUCACUUUAUCAUGAUGCCCUCAUUGAAGAGCCCCCAGAAGCCUUUGGGUCACCACCCCAGGCCCCUCCCCCUCCCCCUGGGUCUGCUUCUUCCGCCGAAGUUCCCAGGACUCCCACUCAGAGGACAUCCAAGCUGUGGGGAGAACCACUUCCAGAGCUACGAAGCCCACCCAACACACCCGAUCCCAAGAACACAGUCAUCACAGAGCUGAGCUCCAUCCUACAGCACAUGAACCGUGACAGGCCGCCCAAGCCAGGAGACAGCCUCGACUCCCCCACAGGGACCAGGGGUGCCUUUGGAAACAGACCUCUGGGAGAAAACUCAGGAAUGCGUAGCAACACCGCCGCCGCUGCUGCUCUCACCUCCACCCCUCCCAGCAGCCUCCCGCCCCAACACCACCCCUGCAGCCCCCCAGACUCCGCCUCCUCCCUGACCCCCUGCUCGUCUCUGCCGCCCUCCGUCUCGCCCACUCUGACCGACGUUUUCGGCCUGCCCACCCCGCCCCUGGGCAGUGGGGGUGGCUACAGCUUGGGCUCCUCGUGCGGUGGCAGCGGGACUUCACGCUCACCAUCACCACUCACACUGAUGCAGGCUGUGGCCACCUCAGGCAAGCCCUUUGCCUCCAAGCCCAUGGAGCUGUGGAGCAAGCACGAUGUGGCAGACUGGCUGGAGAUGCUCAACCUCGGGGAGCACCGGGACGCCUUCCUGGACAAUGAAAUUGAGGGGGCCCACCUCCCCUCUCUGCAGAAAGAGGACCUGAUAGACUUAGGUGUUACCAGGGUCGGUCAUCGCAUGAACAUUGAGAGGGCCCUCAAGCUGCUGCAGGAUAGAUAA